AGAGAGGCGUGUUUUUAAGGCGGAAGUUGUGUGCUUUUAAUAUUCCGUGUGCGUUAAUUCAUGUUUGCAGUCGACCGCCUUUCUUUGAAUAAUCAUGGCUGGCCAGGAGAUGCGUCUCAACCACACCAUUUACAUCAACAACUUGAAUGAAAAGAUCAAAAAAGAUGAACUGAAGAAGUCGCUGUAUGCUAUAUUCUCACAGUUUGGUCAAAUCCUGGACAUCCUUGUUUCUCGUACACUGAAAAUGAGGGGUCAGGCCUUUGUGAUAUUUAAAGAGAUAAACAGUGCUUCUAGUGCUCUCCGGUCUAUGCAAGGCUUCCCAUUUUACGACAAACCCAUGCGCAUUCAGUAUUCAAAGCUGGACUCUGACAUUAUUGCCAAGAUGAAGGGUACGUAUGUUGAGCGAGACCGUAAGAAGGAAAAGAAAAAGCCCAAAGCCCCAGAGACAUCUUCUGGAAAGAAAAAUGCUGCUGCCACAACUGCCAUGGCUGGAGUACCAGCAGCUAUGCCUGGAAUGCAACCCAUGAGCCAAGCCCCUCGCAUGAUGCCAAUGCCCGGCCAGCCUCCUUACAUGCCUCCCCCUGGUAUGAUGCCGCCACCUGGCAUGGCACCUGGACAAAUGCCUCCAGGUGCAAUGGCACCAGGCCAGAUGAUGCCUGGGCAAAUGCCCGGCCAGAUGUCACAACAGGUUUCAGAAAACCCUCCCAAUCACAUCUUGUUUCUCACCAAUCUUCCAGAGGAGACCAACGAACUUAUGCUGUCCAUGCUUUUCAACCAGUUCCCUGGGUUCAAAGAAGUUCGGCUCGUCCCUGGUCGCCACGAUAUCGCCUUUGUGGAGUUUGAUAAUGAUGUGCAGGCCGGUGCAGCCAGAGAAGCUUUGCAAGGCUUUAAGAUCACACAAAGCAAUGCUAUGAAAAUAUCUUUUGCAAAGAAAUAAGCCAUGUGUGCAAAAAUACUCACUCAUACAUGCAAACAAUUUGAAAAAU